AUGCAGGGCAUAUUCAUCAUUAGCUUCUACGAGGAGCUUGUCACCCACGGCAUCCUGAAGUCGCUGACGGCUCCCGUGGAGGGACUGGUGGAGAGAGAAGGCUCCCGCAAUUUCGUGGCACCCCAGGGCAUCUCCUCGGUUGUCAAGUACUAUUUGGAGCAGUCAGGUGCAGAGGUGUCCUAUGAGCAGCACGUAACUCACAUUUCCCUGCGGGAUGGCAGGUGGGAAGUCUCCAGGAAAGCUGGGCCCCCGGAGCAGUUUGAUGUGGUAAUUCUCACCAUGCCUGUCCCACAGAUUCUCCAGCUGCAGGGUGACAUUGUCAACAGUAAGUUCAGCCCUCAGGAUGGCAGGUGUCGAAUUUAAAAUAGCAUCUCAGCAUCUUGUGAAGCAAAAAAAAUAACACUCAGCAGUCUGAGCUGCUUAAUUAUUCCAUCAGGACAGGCUGGAGAAUGAUAAGAGGUGGGUAAUUUCAAGGCCAUGUAUGUA